AUGCCUCGCCACCAGGACCCCGCAAUUGAAAAUCUUCCCAAUAUGAACUUCCGAUCAACGAUAACGACUUGGUCGAAAUUGACCCGUGAAGUCGACCCGGAUCUUGAAGCUGGUGCCAUCAUACGCAUGGUCUGCGAGACUGAUGAUAAAGCUCCUCUCUUCAACAAUCUCAAAGGUACCGAUAAGGGUCUCUUCCGUAUUCUAGGAGCCCCCAAUGCAUUGGGAGUGACUGUAGUCUACUAG